AAAAAAGAGGUAUAACUUGACAUGCUUCAGAUUGAAAUCAUAUAUGAUAUAUGGGGUUGGGUGCCAAAUACAACACUGUACACAGAUAGAGGUAACAUAAUUGAAGGAAGGAAAGAAAGAUGGGUGAGGCAUGCAUUCCCACAGUUGAUCUCUCUCCUUUCGUGAGAGAGGAUGAGGACGGCAAAAAGAAAGCCAUGGAAGUAAUCACACAAGCCUGUUCUGAAUAUGGUUUCUUCCAAAUUGUGAAUCACGGUGUUUCACUAGAUUUGAUUAAAGAGGCCAUGCAGCUAUCUAAGACCUUUUUUGAUUACUCUGAUGAAGAAAAGAACAAGAGCAGUGCUUCAUCUGUUGCACCACUUCCUGCUGGCUACAAUAGGCAUCCUCUGCAUUCCCCAGACAAAAAUGAGUACUUGCUGAUUUUUCCUCCAGAAUCCAGCUUCAAUGUCCUCCCUCAAAACCCUCCCAACUUCAGGGACGUGCUUAAAGAAAUGUUUGUGCAACUGAGCAAGAUGGGUGUGCUGUUGGAGAGCAUUAUAAACGACUGUUUGGGGCUCCCUACCAACUUCUUGAAAGAAUUCAACAAUGAUAGGAGUUGGGAUUUCAUGGUGGCCUUGCGUUACUUUCCAGCUUCCAACAAUGAGAAUAAUGGAAUCACAGAGCAUGAAGAUGGCAAUUGUGUUACCUUUGUUAUCCAGGAUGAAGUGGGAGGCCUGCAGCUCCGGAAGAAUGGAGAAUGGAUCUCUGUUGUUCCAACAGAAGGUGCUAUUGUGGUCAAUGUCGGCGAUGUUAUCCAGGUGUUGAGUAACAAAAAGUUCAAGAGUGCAACUCACCGAGUUGUGAGACCAGAAGUACGAAAUAGGUACUCUUUUGCAUUCUUCCAUAACUUAAAAGGAGACAAGUGGGUUGAACCAUUGCCAAGAUUCACCAAAGACAUUGGGGAGCCACCCAAGUAUAGAGGAUUCCAAUUUAAGGAGUAUCAGGAGCUGAGAAUGAGGAACAAGACCAAUCCACCUUCAAGACCUGAGGAUGUGAUCCACAUUACUCAUUAUGCAAUUGAUACCUAGACUCUUGGGUAGAUCCAUUACUAGCAACAAAAAUAACCAUGUCCUGUUCUAGAUUUUCUGUACGGAUUAUUUGUCAACUAUUUAUGAUUAAUUGUUGCUCCUAUGUUGUCUAAACUAAUCUGAAAUAGGUCUAGAUCAAAAUUCCAAUCAGAUAUUUCCCCCUUUCGUGAUGCACAAUAAAAUAUUCAAAAUUCGUCAA